AUGACGUUCGUCAAUGAGAAAAAGAACGCGGCUAGGAAACAACAUCCAUAUCUCCAUGGAAACUUUGCACCUAUACAUCGCACACAACCUUUGACACCCUGUAUCUACACUGGCGUUAUACCAAAGGAACUGGCAGGCGGGGAAUAUGUGCGCAAUGGAGGAAAUCCAGUGACAAAUGAAGAAUUGGGUAGGGAUGCACAUUGGUUCGAUGGUGAUGGAAUGCUCAGUGGUGUAGCAUUUCGAAGAGCGGAAGAUGGUAGUGCACACCCGUAUUUCGUCAAUCAAUACAUCCUUACCGAUGCAUACCUCUCGAGCAUCUCAACACCAUCCCUCCGCUUACCUAUUCUUCCGAGCAUCGCUACGCUCGUCAAUCCCGCCUCAACCCUUCUCACAAUCAUUCUGCGAAUAUUCCGAACCAUUUUCCUCGUCAUCCUCUCUAACCUACCUGGAUCUGCAAAGGCAAUCAAAAAGAUCAGUGUAGCAAAUACCAGUGUACUAUACCAUGAUGGUAGAGCCUUAGCAACAUGCGAGAGUGGACCGCCGAUGCGCAUUUCCUUACCAGGCUUAGAGACUGUCGGCUGGUACGAUGGUAUUCGAGCAGAAGGAGAGCCGAUCACAGACUCAAAAUCUGGCGAAGUCUUUGGUGGAAGUGGGCUCAUUGGUUUCAUGAAGGAGUGGACAACAGCACAUCCUAGAAUCGAUCCUAUCACGAACGAACUUAUACUUUUUCAUUCUACAUUUAUUGCACCUUUUGUACAUUAUUCUAUUAUACCCAGUACACAUCAUAAUAAUUCUCCUAAUAAGCUCCCACGACUCGUCAACGCAACUGUCCCUGGAGUCAAAUCCGCAAAGAUGAUGCAUGAUUUUGGUGUCUCCCUUAGUCAUACCAUAAUCAUGGAUCUCCCUCUUUCACUUGAUCCCAUGAAUCUUGCUCGUAACGAACCUGUGGUCUCAUAUGACCCAUCCGGAAUUUCCAGGUUUGGUGUUUUUCCAAGAUGGAAACCUGAACAUAUUCGAUGGUUUGAAACGAAUGCCUGCUGCAUCUUUCAUACUGCUAAUAGCUGGGACGAAACUACCACCAAUACAUCUACCAAAAGCGAGGAAACAAUAUCAGUUAAUAUGCUAGCCUGCCGCUUGACAAGUGCUUCACUAGUCUUUAGCGCAGGUGAUGUUGCAGCUCCUAUCCCGAAAGACAACCCAAUGACUGCUCCAAUUGAAGAAGAACAAUGUCGAUUAUACUAUUAUCGAUUUCCACUCACCGAUACGGAGAAUAGUAUAAGUCAUCAAUUUGCUCUCUCAUCGAUACCGUUCGAAUUUCCUUCAAUACGCGAAUCUUUAUCCAUGACUGAAGCUCAGUAUGUUUACGGCUGCUCAGUAUCGGAUGGCACAUUUGGAGCUGCUCUUGGCCGUGCUGUCAAAAUUGAUUCACUCGUCAAAGUAGAUGUCCUCGCGUUAAUCGCUCGUGGAAAAGAGACAAAUCAAACCCCCAUCACAGGCUGUGUUGAUAUGCGAACGGUCACUGAAAUUCUUGCUUCGAACGAUUCAAAUGAUCCUAUUAAAAUCUUUAAACUGCCACCAGGUUUCUACGCCCAAGAGUCAAGAUUUGUACCACGAGAAAACGGCAGGACAGAAGAUGACGGCUGGUUACUUUCUUAUGUCUUUGAUGAAGCUCAACUUGAUGAGCAUAAUGUUGCAGGCCCUCAAGCAAAAAGUGAACUUUGGGUUAUCGAUGCGAGGGAUAUGAAAACGGUUGUAUGUAAAAUACACCUUCCACAACGAGUUCCGUACGGAUUACAUGGAGCUUGGUUCAGUGAGAAGGAAAUUGAGAAUCAACGACCAAUAGAAACUAUUCGACAUCUUCCCUUGAAGAAGAAGAAUGUUGGUCACGAGAGUAUAUGGAUGCAUUCGUGGAUGUCGAUCCGGACGUGGCUUUUGGAGAAGAUUGGAUGA